AAGCAAAAAAAACACAGUUGUGUUGUGCGCCUGUGUGUGUAACAGUAAAAAAAAUGGCACAUGCAACAUCUUCUAUACUACACAUUUCUUCUUCCAUUAAUGGUGAAACAAAAUCUUUAUCUUCAUCUUCUCAACUUAGAGGAAAUUACCCUUUUCAUCUCCCUAGUAGUAAUAAUGCAAACUUUAGUAAGAAGCUUGUAAUCUACGCGAAAAGAUUAUCGGGUUUGGAGGAGGCCUUGAGGAUUAGAAGGGAACGUGAGCUUCGUGGUUCUACCACCGCAACAAGAAGGCCACCUUUAAGGCGCGGAAGAGUAUCGCAACGGCUUCCUGUGCCUGAUGACAUACCAAAACCUCCAUAUGUAGGUUCAAGAGAGUUACCAGAAAUUUCAAGUGAACAUCAGAUCCAUGAUGCUGAAGGAAUAGCUCGCAUGAGGGCUGCAUGUGUGUUGGCUGCACGGGUGGUUGACUAUGCAGGAACUUUGGUUAGGCCUUCAGUAACAACAAAUGAAAUUGACAAAGCUGUGCAUCAAAUGAUAAUCGAUGCUGGCGCUUAUCCAUCUCCCUUAGGCUAUGGGGGGUUUCCAAAGAGUGUUUGCACAUCCGUCAAUGAGUGUAUGUGUCAUGGAAUACCUGACUCGCGGCAGCUGCAGGAUGGAGACAUAAUAAACAUUGACGUGACCGUUUACCUGAAUGGUUAUCAUGGAGAUACGUCAAAGACCUUUUUCUGUGGUGACGUGAGUGAAUCCAUAAAGCGGCUUGUAAAGGUGACUGAGGAGUGCUUGCACUAUGGAAUUGCUGUUUGCAGAGAUGGUGCUCUUUAUAGGAAGAUAGGAAAGAGGAUCAGUGAACAUGCUGAAAAAUUUGGUUAUGGUGUUGUUGAUCGCUUUGUUGGACAUGGUAUUGGGACAGUAUUUCACUCUGAACCACUCAUAUUUCAUCACCGGAAUGACAAGUCCGGCUCCAUGGUUGAAGGGCAAACAUUUACUAUCGAACCAAUUCUCACAUUGGGAAGCACAGAAUGUGUAACAUGGGAAGAUAACUGGACAACUCUGACUGCUGAUGGUAGCCCUGCUGCUCAGUUUGAACAUACUAUUUUGAUUACAAAAACUGGUGCAGAAAUUUUGACAACAUAUUAAUUAUAGUUUACUAUAAAGUUAAUUAUUAUGGUUCUAGUUAGUCAUGUUCAUAACUUUAUAUCAUAAUUCUUGUCAUUGUUGCUCCAUAUUAGGUAAUAUUCAAUACAUGUAAUCUUUAUGAGAUUUAUUGUCUUUUACAAUACCAAUGAUAUAGUCGAGAGUCUUUCGGAAACAAA